AUGGCUCGAAUCACUGGACCAAACAUCCCCGUCGAUCUUAUGUGUAGCCACAACGAAUCGGCCUUCUACCCACUAUGCUUCUUCUGGUCGACCAUCAUCAUGAACGUGAUCUCCGCUGACGCGAUCGUGUCAGCAUACCCCACACAUCUUCUCAGCCAUCAUGGUAUUUGCUCAUACACCAUCAGUGAUUAUCAGUAA